AUGCUGAAGAUCGCGUUGUUCCUGGCGAUCGGCGCCGUUUGCCUCGUCGAGGGCGCGAGAAUCACGCAAAACCGCACCGCGGACAUGGACUUCCUGCACAAUCAGAAGAAGAUCUUCGAGCUGUUGCUCUACGUUCAACAGAACGAUCUGAUCGACAGCGAAUACCUCGUCGGCAAAGUCUACGACCUGGAGAACAACAUCGACAUGUACAACGACAAGACAUCCGUGCAGAGGCUGCUCUGGUUAUACAGGCAAGGAGUAAUGGUCGAUCGCCAGGCGAUAUUCUCACCGUACAACAACGAACAACUGUUCGAGAUGAAACAAUUGUUCGGUGUGCUCAUCUCAGCAAAGAACUUCGACACCUUCUAUAAGGCCGCCUCGUGGGCGCGUCUUCGCGUAAACCCCGGAAUUUUCGUUUCGGCGUUCUCGGCUGCGGUCUUGUACAGACCCGACUGCAAGUACAUGAGACUCCCAGCGAUCUACGAGAUUUUCCCCAACCUCUUCUACAGCUCGAGAGUGAUCCAAGAAGCGGAGAACAUCAAGAUGUCAAGAGGCAUGCGUUUAGCCCCAGAAGUAGGUAACCAGGAAACGUUCAUGAUCUACGCCAACUAUUCCAGCGCCUACAUUCCCUUCGAGGACUCAGAGUACCAGCUGGACUACUAUAUGGAGGACGUCAGUCUGAACGCGUACUACUACUACUUCCGUCAGGUGUUCCCAACCUGGCUGAGCAGCAAAACCGUCGACAUUCCAAUGAACAUGCGCGGACAACUGUACUAUUUCAUCCAUCAGCAGCUGAUGGCCAAAUACUACCUGGAACGUCUUUCGAACAACGUGGGUGAGAUCGCAGAUUUCGACUGGUACAAGCCCAUCUAUCCUGGAUUCUUCUCUGGCCUGACGUACUCGAACGGUAUACCGAUCCCACACAGGAACAGGUACUCGAACAUCCCCUUCUACAAGAACAAAUAUCUUAAGGAAGUAAAUGUUCUGGAAACACGCAUAAUGGAAGCCAUCGACUCCGGCUACCUGUACGACACCGAAGGAAACAAGGUGAACAUCUACACACCAGAGGGUCUUACUUUACUCUCCAACGUAAUCGAAGGAAACAUCGACUCCUGCAACAUAAAAUUCUACGGAAUGUACGAUGCCCUCGCCCGCGACAUUCUUGGAUACAGCUUCGAAUACAAGGACAAGAGCAAGAUGAUCCCAAGCGCCCUUCAAUGCUACCCCGUCAACAUGAGAGACCCUGCUUUCUACAUGCUUUACAAGAGAAUCAUGAGCUACUUCCUCAGAUACAAGAAAUACCUGCCAUCGUACACCCAGUCCGAACUGCAAUUCCCUGGAGUUAAGAUCGAGUCCGUCAACAUCGACAAGCUGAGCACCUACUUCGACCAGUGCGACACACUGAUCAGCAAUGCCGUCGCAGUGGAGAACUUAAAAACUGGACAAUCGCUGCGUUUGAAGGCUCGUCGACGAUGCCUGAACUACAAACCGUUCUCGUACAAAUUCAACAUCAACUCCGACAAAGAAAUGAAGGGUAUGCUUAGGAUCUUCCUUGGACCGUCCUUCGACGAAAUCAAACAAGACUUCAUCUACUUAAAGAACUACUACUACAACUUCGUCGAAAUGGACAAAUUCGUCGUGGAACUCCGCCAAGGAAUGAACAACAUUGAGCGUCAGAGCUCGGACUCGACGAUGACGCAACCGGAGAUGAUACCCAGUGACAUAUUCAUGGACAAGCUGAACAAGGCGAUCAGCGGAAGCGAGCCGUUCAUGUACUCCGAGAGUAUGUUAGGCUUCAGCGAACGUCUCACAUUGCCGAAGGGAAGGCCAGAGGGCAUGAAGUACAAAAUGUUCUUCUUCCUGAGCCCGUUCGACGAGGGCAGCGCGCAAACAUACGAGAUGCCGAUGUUCGGCAAGAUAUUGACCGACAACCGACCGGCCGGUUUCCCAUUGGACAGACCGAUGUACGCCUGGAACUACACCAUUCCCAACAUGUACUUGAAGGACGUGCUGAUCUACAACCUAAACGAGAAGGAGAUCCCGAAACGAACGGUCCAGGUCACAUCUGGUCCCAACACGGUCGAGAUGAAGUCAAUUAUCCUCUGCGUUUUGGCCAGUCUGUGCGUUUUUGCACAGUCGGCUCACCUGCCCACACAAACCGCCGACAAUGUCUUCCUGACCAAACAGAAGAACAUCUACGAACUCUUCUGGCAUGUGGACCAACCGAACGUUUACUUCCCGAAACUGAUCCACAAGGCACGAGGCUUCAACAUCGCCGAGAAUGUGAAAAAUUACGCAGACCAGGAAGCCAUCACCGAAUUCUUGGAGCUCCUGAAGACCGGUAUGCUCCCCCGCGGUGAGAUCUUCACGCAACUGAACCCGACUAUGCGUCAUCAGGCGAACAUACUGUUCCGUGUCCUGUACAGCGCCACCACCUUCGACAUAUUCUACAGCACCGCGAUAUGGGCCCGAUUCAACGUGAACGAGAUGAUGUACAUCCUCUCUUUGAGCACCGCCGUUCUCCUACGUCCCGACACCAGAUACAUGAAAAUGCCGCCACUGUACGAGGUGAUGCCACACCUGUACUUCACCUCCGAGACCAUGCAGAAGGCAUACAGCAUCGCCAUGGGUGACGUAGGUUAGUAUCAGAAUAUGUCCAUAGCUGAUGUGACAAGGACAUCCGGUGGCGUCGACUACUUUAUCCUCCCGACCAACUACAGCACCUGGUACCAGAACAAAGAACACGAACUGAGCUACUUGACCGAAGAUAUCGGUCUGAAUGCGUUCUACUUCCUGGUCAACAACGAAUUCCCGACCCAGGUGUCCUCUGAAAUGAUGCCGCAGUCGAAGCUUUUUGGAUCUCGUGGUGAAUUCUACUUCUUCGUUCACAAACAAUUGUUGAACAGAUACUUGUUGGAGAGACUGACCAACGGACUGAACGAAAUCGAGUACAUAAGCAUGCACCAACCUAUUGUCACCGGAUACAACCCCAUCAUGCACUUGCCCAACGGCCUUCCCUUGGCCCACAGAGACGUUGACGCCGUUGUCCCCCGCAACAUGCAGAAACACCUUCAGCAUCUGCAGGAAAUGCACAACAGAAUCUCGGUCGCUAUCGACGUCGGCUACGUUCUCGACACCAAGGGCAACCGCAUCAACAUCUACACUCCAGAUGGAUUAAACAUCCUUGGUAACAUCGUUCAAGGUAACGCUGACAGCAUUAACCCACGACUCUAUGGUUCCAUCGACAUGCUGGCCAGGAAGAUCUUCGGAUUCGGCGUGGAAAGCAACAUGAAAUACGAAGUGGUACCAAGUGUCCUCGAUUAUCUGAGCACCAGCCUUAGGGACCCCGUGUUCUACGGAAUUUACCAGAACAUCCUCACGUACUUCCACAGAUACAAGGAAAACCUUCCCAAAUACACAAGGGAGAAACUGUUGUUCACCGGAGUUGAAAUCCAAUCGGUGUCCGUGGACAAGAUGAUGACAUACUUCGACACCUUCGAAACCAUGUUGAACAACGGUCUCUCGAUCCGCAACCAGAAGGAAGCCGAGGGCAUGCUGAUCAUGGCCCGUCAGCAUCGUCUGAACCACAAACCAUUCACCUACAACAUCGUCCUCAACAGCAAGAUCACCACACAGGCAACCGUUCGUAUCUUCAUGGGACCCAAAUUCGACGUUCAUGGAAAUGUGCUCGAGCUUGAGAACAACUACAUGAACUUCCUGGAGUUGGACCAAUUCAUGGUCAACCUGAAAGUUGGCACAAACAACAUCGAGAGAAGCAGCCACCAAUCGAUCUACGUGGUCCCAGACGAGAUUCCCAGCCACGUGUUCUACAAGAACGUCGUGAACAGCAUCGACGGAUCGUCGACAUUCAGCUACAGGACCCACCCGUACGGUUUCCCCGACAGACUGAUCCUGCCCAAGGGUAAAUCUGAGGGUAUGCCGUUCAAACUGUUCGUCGCUGUGACCCCUGUGGACAGCUCGAAACUGAUCACCGAAGAGUCUCCGAUCUUCGGCCAAUUGACCAUGGAUGGACACCCCAUGGGAUACCCAUUGGACCGACCGAUCGACCCGUUACACUUCCACGUGCCAAACAUGAUGCUCACAGAUGUGCUCGUCUAUCACAAGGAGCUGGAACAAUUGAACGUCACCGCUUAA